AUGAAGCAAUGUUUGGAGGUACGAGAGGGACCAACCUACCAAUCAGGCAUUGAUUUAGAAGAAAAUGUUGAUAUGGAAGCUAUUCCCGCUCCAAUGUAUCAGCCAUGUCCUGAAGAUGACCCAAUUAUGGCUGAUGAUUCAAUCUGUAUGGUUGUCUUUGACCUUGAAACAACUGGUCUGGAGAGAGAUUCACAUAUAACAGAACUUGCGGCUGAAACUGUAUAUUCCACAAACAACAGUACAGAUACCUUUCAUCGUUUCAUUAUUUCCAAGAAACCUAUUUCUAACCAGGCUUCCAAGAUAACUGGCAUAACAGUGAAAGGCAGACAAUUGUUUAAAAAUGCGGCUCUCGUCAACAAUUCUGUUUCUGUAUCAAGAGCUUUAACUUCAUUCCUUGAUUUUUUUAAACAAAAACAAAAGAUUAUUCUUGUUGGUCACAAUAUAAAAACAUUUGAUAGCCUUGUUCUUGUUAAUGCUCUGGAAAAUGUUAACAUGAUGGAAGAUUUUCGAAAUAUAGUCAUUGGAUUUGAGGACACACGGAAACUGUUCAUGAUUAAUAAUCCAGAGCUGAAAAGCUACUUGCAGGAAAAUUUAGUUGGCCAGCUGCUUGGCCAAGAAUAUCAAGCACACAGUGCAUCUGAGGAUGUGAAAGCGUUGAAGGCUUUGUAUACAACUGUAGAUGUUGGGAAACAUGUACAUGCAAAAUGUCUAUUUUCUGUUGCAUAUUCUAUCCUCGGCCUUAAUUAUUCACAAAGAGUCCGGAGAAAUUUACCCUCACUUCAAAGAAUGAUGACAUGAAAGUGUUAACACAAUCUAUGGCAAGAAGAGUAACCGGAAGUGGAUUGGUUUUUAGACAUAUUGAAAUAGUAUUCCGUAGAAGUGGAAAACAAGGGAUUACCAAUCUCUUUUCAGAAACAGUAAAUGGAAAAGUUAGAGUAACUAAAUGUUUUAAAAUUGUCCAGUCAGUGUGUGUUCUUUUCUAGCAACUAAUUUGUAUACAGGCUUUCCAGCAACAUAUUUUAUAAAAGAAGGAGAAAAGUAGGAAUAAAAUUCUUAAAAUACUAGGAGAAAAAACUAGGAAACAAAGUGCUCAAGGUGAGCUAUUGUGAUCAGUCAAUGUCCGUCGUCCGUCAGACCACUGAUCAUAUUUUGACCAAACUUCACAGAAAUGAUCCUUGGGUGGUCCUCUUUCAAAAUUGUUCAGGUCCAUUGCACCACUAGGUCACAGGAGCUAAAAAUAGAGUAAAAACUUCAAAAAUCUUCUUGUCUGAAACCACAAGGCCUUGGUCUUUGAUAUUUAGUAUGUAGCAGUGUCAAGUAGUCCUCUACUAAGAUUGUCCAAAUUAUGCCGGGAGAAAAUUGGGUCCGCUCGUGGGGUCACAAUUUUACAUAGUCUUAUAGAGAAAAAAGCUUUAAAGAUCUUGUUUGAAACCACAAGGCAUAGGUCCUUGAUAUUUUGUAUGUAGCAUUGUCUAGUGGUUCUCUAUCAAGAUUGUUCAAAUUAUGGCCCUUGGGUGAAAAUUAGCCCCGCCUGGGGGCCACAAGUUUUACAUAGACUUAGAGAGGAGAGAAGUUUAAAAAUCUUCUUUGUCUGAAACAGCAAGGCCUUGUUCUUUGAUAUUUAGUCUGUAGCAUUGUCUAGUGAUCCUCUAUCAACAUUGUACAUAUUAUGCCCCUGGGGUGAAAAGAAGCCCUGGGCACAAGGAGGUCACAGCUUUUACAUGCAAUAGAAAGAGUAUGGGCUCACGAGAAUAAUUAGGUUAUUUCAAGAAGGCGGAGCCUUCAAGAAAUAACCUGAUUAUUUGAGUGAGUCCUACUCUUUCUGUUUUGUAUCAUGGUCCUCCAAUAAGAACAAUGAUCUUUUUAUUGACAAGUCAAACCCGCCCAUUCAUCGUUUUUAUUAGCUCACCUGUCACAUAGUGACAAGGUGAGCUUUUGUGAUCACCCUUCGUCCGUCGUCUGUGCGUGCGUCCGUCCGUGCGUGCGUCAACAAUUUCUUGUCUGCACGAUAGUGGUUUCAUUUAUGAUUUUAUUUUAACCAAACUUGCACACAACUUGUAUCACCAUAAGAUCUCGGUUCCUUUCUUGAACUGGCCAGAUCCCAUUAUGGGUUCCAGAGUUAUGGCCCCUGAAAGGGCCAAAUUUAGCUAUUUUGACCUUGUCUGCACAAUAGCAGCUUUAUUUAUGAUUUGAUUUUUACCAAACUUGCACACAACUUGUAUCACCAUAAGAUCUUGGUUCCUUUCUUGAACCGGCCAGAUUCCAUUAUGGGUUCCAGAGUUAUGGCCCCUGAAAGGGCCAAAAUUAGCUAUUUUGACCUUGUCUGCACAAUAGCAGCUUCAUUUAUGAUUUGAAUUUAAUCAAUCUUGCACAAAACUUGCGUCACUAUAAGAUCUCGGUUCAUUUUUUAAACCGGCCAGAUCCCUUAAUGGGUUCCAGAGUUAUGGCCCCUGAAAGGGCCAAAAUUAGCUAUUUUGACCUUGUCUGCACAAUAGCAGCUUCAUUUAUGAUUUGAUUUUAACCAAACUUGCACACAACUUGUAUUACCACAAGAUCUGGGUUCCUUUCUUGAAUUGGCCAGAUUCCAUCAUGGGUUCCAGAGUUAUGGCCCCUUAAAGGUCCAAAAUAGGCUAUUUUGGCUUUUGCUGCCAUAUAGAUACUUCGUUUAUGGUUUUAUUUGAUACAAACUUCCAAAAUAUCUUCAACAACAAUAAAUCUUGGAUUCCAUGACAAAUCAGAUCCAGUCGUAGGUUCCAGAGUUAUUUUAUAUCUGAUUACCUCCCCUGAUUGUAAUCAAAAUGGAUUUAUAUCAGUAAGUACUUAUAGGACUUAUUUGAAAUUUCAUUAUUGUCAUUAGUUGGACUGAGCCAAUCAGGGUAGAUAACUAUGGACUGAUUUUAUGUCAAAUUACCUCCCUUUAUUUCAAAUUAAAAUGGGUAUAUCUCCGUAACUAAUGAAGAUACUGAUCUGAAAUUUCAUUUAUGUCAACAGAUUUAUUUGGCAGAUCCUUCUUUUGUUCACUUACAAUAAUUUUUUUUUUUAAUUACUUCCCUUUUACGUUACUAUAAAUAGCUUAUUUUUAGUAACUUUUUUAUUAUUGGCCGUAGGGAAAAACCGAGACCACUUUUCUGUGGUACAACAUGGAUGGUACCUCCAAUUUUUAGGUGUAUUUUGACAUAUCUGUACCUUGUAAGAAUUUUUUUUCUUUUUGGUUAAAUUUCUUCUCUGUUGUUCCUGUCCUUUGUGGACUUAGAUAUUUUUUCUGAGGACCUUCUUGUCCUCAAAUGCAAUGAUAACAGGUGAGCGAUAUAGGGCCAUCAUGGCCCUCUUGUUAUAAUUUUAAUACCACGUGACGUCUGGUUCUACUCUGGCUCCUAAUGAUUGACAGUCAGUUUACAUAAUCACGUGACAUCUUGUGCUAUGGGAACGUCCUGUUGAGCUAGUUUUUGUCGCAUGUAUGCACAUUUGAGUACUAGAUUUGUAGAUGUUCUUACAUGUGUGCACCAGUUUUAUGAUUUUGACACUGUACUACGAUUUCAUUAUUGUCUUUAGUUUGACUGAGGCAAUCAGGGUAGAUAGCUAUGGACUGAUUUCGUGUCAAAUUACCUCCCUUUGUUUCAAAUCAAAAUGGAAACUGUUACAAGAAAAUGUUUAUCCUCAUUCCUGAUGAUAUUUAAUGUGUAUGCCUAUGUGCUCUAUGUCAAAACUUGAUCAUAUCAUUUUGAGUAAUGGUACUCAGGUGAGCGAUAUAGGGCCAUCAUGGCCCUCUUGUUAAAGUUUUGCGUGCAAGGGUAUAUCUGUAUUAUACAGAAGAAAUAUGGCUUUGAAAUCUUUGGUGAAUGAUUCUAGGUCAUUGACCACACUAAACUGAUCUUGCCUACCUAGCGGGGAAGUAUACAUUUAUCCGAGCACGCGUCAGGGAUAGAUAUUCCUGUCUUUCCCUAGGGAAAAACCUUGUCUAAAAUAGCGUGCAUUUAGGUGACGUCACAUAGUACUGGUACCAUUGUGACAUCAUAAACUUUAUAAAUAAUGUCAGGAAAUACCCAAACCUAUUUGUCUCCACGAUCUAUUUUGAACAUGAUAGGCAAGAAAAAUGAUCUAACAUGUCUGCCUGUGUAAGACAGCUGUUUUCCCUACCCUCGGGACAGCAUGGAUAAAAAACCUCCCUAACGCUCGGUUUUCCAUUCCACACUGUCCCUCGGGUAGGGAAAACCCCGUCUUACACAGGCAGGCAUGUAAUCAAGUCCCAUAACUUUAUCAUGUAUUUUGGCUGAAUUAUGUCGCUUUUGGACUUAGAAAAUCUGCGUUAAAGUUUUGCGUGCAUUGAAACUUCACACACCUCAUUCUGGUCAAUAACCUAGGUCACACACCAAGUCCCAUAACUCUGGCUUGCAUUUUAACGGAAUUUUGCGUCUUUUUGUACUUAGAAAAUCCAUGUUAAAGUUUUCAUGCAAGGGCAUGUCUCCAUAACUACUGAAGAUAUUGCAUUGAAACUUGACACACCUAUGUGGGGUCAAUAAUUCUUGGAUUUUUAUCAAAAUUGGUUCUGAGUAGUCAAGCGUGCUGUUUUAUGGAUAGCUCUUUUUAGAGUAAAGUGAGAAUUGACGAGCGCACAGUCUUAUGGACAGCUCUUGCUUUAUUUUGAUGAUGACCAGAUAAUGUACAGUCAAAUACUUGACCAUAAGGGCUAAUCAUAGAAAAAAAGCUUUUAUUUAUAUAUAGAUUGCAAUUUUUCUUGCAUCUACAUCAAACUUGGUAUGUAAUUUAUACCAAAGUCAUUCUUCAAUUGGGUCAUGUAGGGUUAACAUUGUCAAAACUUUGAAAUAGAGAGCAUUGUAUGUAUAGAGAGUUUAAAUGAAGCAUGUGUUAAGUUUUGUGUAUCGGAUAUUUUAUCAGUUUCUAUUGUUUUCUACAGAGUUGCUUGCAAAUCUGUUAGAAACAUAUACUGUAUUUGGAUAGGGUGAUAUCUAUUAUCAAUGAGAACAUUUGUACAUUGUAAUUUGAGAAUACAGUUUUGCAAAAAAGACAAUUUCAAAAAGAUGGUAAAAUUGUUAUUUGUAUUUAUAUAUUUGACCUGUGACAUACAUGUGUGACCUUGACCUUUGAGUCAUGCAUUCCAGUCUUAUUUGUUGUAUAUCUAGGCUUCCCUGUCAUCUUGUUGCACCUUGUAUUUUUAGAUUCUUUUAUUGAAUUAUGGUGAUAAAUUACAUAAAGGCUUGAAAAUUAUGACUUUUUACUGAAGUAUUUGACCUUUGACCCCCUAUAUUUGUUAUUGAUUUUUAAAUUUUUCACUAAAAUUUAAAUUGUCACAGGUUUUCUCCAUCAUCCUCUAUCAUAACAUAAAAAUAUUUAGAGAAUAUGUUGAUAAAUGAAAAAAGAUGCUUCAAAAAUGAUAAAAACGUGUAUUUUUUAAGGACAAUUUGACCUUUGACCUUUGAAUGUGGCGUUGACAUCUGUAUGUUUAACCAAAUUAUUGCAUGUUUUGAUUGUUUCCAACAUAGGUUAACUCUUGGUAAAGUUAUUUGAAAAACCAUUGACAAACAAUUUGGUAGCAGUAUUUUACAUAAAAUAUCAAUGUUAAAAAACUGGGUGGGGUAAUUUUACCCCAUAUUUCAUGUUAAAUUCUGUAUUUAAAAAGAAAAUUAACGACUUAGACCUUUACCAUUCAGCAUUGUAUUUUAUAUUUAUUAACAAUGUUUAAUUAAAUUAAAUUUAUAUCUAUGUAUGAAAUAAAUCUAGACAAAUUA